GCUCGGGACAGGUAAAGUCCGAUUGUUAGCAGGCGCUCGGUUAGCAAGUGUGAGGAAGCCACCGGGAAUGGGUUGCCUAAACGUCUGACUGGAGCCGACCACAAGUUGUUGGAAUUGACUUUUUCAUGUGGAGUUACGAGCUUUGGUGUCGACUUGUAAAGUGUGGCUUGACUUUGUGAUGAGGGCACGCGUGGCUUUGGCUUUGAUAUUUGAUUUUGAUUAACGUGUGACAGCAAUGCUGGGGAUUGCUGCGUUCAUGGUCCUCCUGAUGCUGCUGGAAUUGGCGUCGUCAGCCCAGCCUGCUGCAGUGCCUCCGCCCACCAACUUGACAGUAUCGUGCCACAAUACCGCGGCCUCUGCACACUGGCGCUUCGACGAGGUCAACGAGGUCCACUUCCUGGUCAAUGUGGGCAGCUCAGGCCAGCGCCACCUGCGGGACGUGACUGCGCAUCCCAGCUACCGCAACCUGAGCCCUUUGGUGUGGGAGUCACUGGAGAGCGUCAUGGACGUGCACUACGUCAGCGUGGCGGCUGUGGCACGCGACGGACGUUUGUCCGACAUCGCCUCCACCACCUUUACGUACAAUAUCUUCAAGAUGGCCAACGUCAUGUGCAAGUUGGACUUUCCUCCAGCAGACGUGACAGCGGACGAGGGCAGCGUCACUGUCCGCUUCCGCAAUCCGCUGCGCUACUACCCGCAACUGCGCCGCGCCACCACAUGGGAAGAAGUCUUUGUGGACAUCACCGCUACGUCUGAUGGCGGAGUCGUGUCGGGUUCCUGCCGUCCGGAUGAGAAUGUUUGCAAGAUGGAUGUGUUGUUCCGGGCUGGUUUCGCCGAGUGCGUCACGCUGACAGGAAGCUUGCGCGACUACGUGGGACGCACCGUCGUCUUCAGGGAGUCGCCGCGCAUCUGCGUGGAAACGUCGUCCGCAAACGUCCUCAUGCUGGGCCUCCUGCUGGGCGUCACGGCUGUCUUGCUCGUUUGUGUGGGUAUCGUCAUCUGGAAGGUGAGGGCAUGGAGCGUGAAGGCCACCAAGCCACAUCUCCCCGAGUGUCUUUUUCUUAAGGCCGACUUUGCUGCACACUCGGCCAACGUCAAGGGCGGCGGCAAGAAGGGCGCCGGCUGCUGCGCGGCAGACGCCGUCGCCGGCCGGGACAUGCAAAGAUCCCGGCUCAUCUGCCAGGGAGACGACUCCUCUUCGGGUCACGUUGCCACGGUGAUGGAAAGCCUUCCCGUCCAUCAAGAGGAGCAAGAGGAAGAGGAAAAACAGGAAGUGGAAGAGGAAGUACAGGGAGCGGAAGAGGAAGGAUGGCAUGAUGAUGAGGUGUCCCAAUAUGACUGUCAACAUGUGAACAUGUCAGUGUAUUUGGGUGGUGGCGAAAGCGCUUGGGGUUACACAGCAAGGUAACAAAAAAAGAAGGAACGACAGACAAACUUUUAUGCUAAAUGGCCACAUUUUAUUUUUAAAGCAGACACAUGGGGCAGCACAUUUAUAUAGAAUUUAAAGGGGAAAAAAUGGGUGUAAAAAUGGUUUACCGUUGAUUUACAAGUGCCCCAUUUGUUGAGUUUUGGGGAUUAUGGGCCACCUCAUGGACAGUUUUUUUAAUUUCUUGGGGGGACCUUCAGAUAGGCCACCUCUCGAUUAAGUGACAGACCAGCCUUUCAACUCUUACUCCUACUCACUAGGCGACACCCCUUAAAAUGGCACACGGACUACAGUACUAAUAGUAAUCACACUUUUGAGUGCAACUUUGACUGUUGAUUUCUUUUGUUUUUAUACAAUUCAGUGGUUAUCUUUACUAAAGACAUAUAACCCCCAGAAUAGAGUGGUGUAACAGUUAAUUGGCAUUUCAAAUCAUUACAUUGGGAAAACAUAAUGUAAUAUACACGUAAACUGAGUUACAAGCUUGAUCAUGGGAUGAAUUAAAUCUAAGAACCAUUGUUUUUCAAUUCUUUGCAAUUUCAUAUUUUGUGUGAAAUGGUUAAUUUAAAUAAAAUCAUGCUUAGCGUUAGUCCUGUCUGCCAGGCUGUUCCCGGGUGGGUGGGCCACUAGGCGCGCCCCUCCCCUUCUCAGCUGAGUGGCGUACUCUGCCCCCGUUGUGCUGGCACGGCAAUUUAUUGUGCGUGCGAGACUGUUGUCAAUUUACUUACGUGUCGGCAGACACGCACACCACUGGGACUAAAUUGUUUGGUGUGGGACCACUCCCAAAUUGCUAUAAAGAUCUCUUGUGAACUUGCUAACUUCUUGAGGUGUCCCUUCACUUGCAGUCUGUUUUUACAUAGCCACUCCCACCACACUCCAUUUGCACAGCCGGUCCACUACCCUUGUCCAGCUCUCGUCCCGUCCUGGCCUACAUUGUCCUGUUCUUCCCUCACAGGUUGGAGCGCUACUUUCCCAUACAGUACUCAAAUCAAAUGUGACACUGUAGUAUGCAUAAAAUUAGUUUUUCUUACA